AGAAUAUGUAUCUGAGGGAUCGCCUAAGAUCACAUUUUUAAUGCUCGAUCGUAGGUGCCUUCCUAUGUUUUCAGGAAAAAUCUCUUAAGACUUGAGUACACUUAUAGAAAUGAUGCAUUAAAAAAAUUGUGCCGUGUUCGUUUGCAGUCAGGUUGAAAUUUCUGUAUACAUAUGAAAUCACAAUGACAGUGGCGAAACUUGAAAAGAAGCGUUUGGGGUGUGGAGUUAUGAGGGCCCUGAAACGAGUAGACUCAUAAGAUGAGAAAAUAGGUUAUCAGCGGAAUCGACCAGGUAAGGAAUAUGUGGAAAACACUGACCAUAACUGACGAAAUGAAAGGCAUCAAGAAAUAACUUCCAGGCAGCACACAGGGAGCAAAACCUGUAGGUUAAGACAUUAGUAUGUAUACAAACAACGUAGUCUAUUAUUGCUUGGACAAGUGCUAGUCUGAGAUGAAGUUGGCACAGGACAGGAAGUCGUGAGGGGUCGCCCCAAACCAGGUCAAAAGACAGAGCAAAAAAGUUAGCGCGUGCUGAUAUUUUGGUCUGUCCCUUUUGAAUUAGAUCCUUAAAAAUCCCCGAUUUCAUAUGCUACGACCUGGCACACUUUAGGACUGCGAAAGACACUCGCAUUGAAAUUUGUAACAAGGAACGCCAGCCUUUCAUUUGCUCCCCACCCCCUUCUUUACCCAGCCAAAACUCUCAUAUCUGAUGAGAAUUUCAGUUUGUUUUAAUGUUCCUUUCCCAUACAUGUACGCUAAACAGAUGUUAAGCAGUGCAGUGUAAAAAAGAGUAGCAGACAGUUACGUUGGUGUGCUUUUUACGUAAGAUGGGGCUCGCUUUGUAAAUUGCGUGCGGGGAUGCGCAGCGGUCGGGCUCCGUUGGCCGUGGCGCCGUCUUGGAAGGUCACGAUACCGGACCAGCAGUCAGGCAGCACGCCACCAUGCUCAAGAAGGAAAAGCCUAUGAUGUCCGUCGCCGCUAUCAUACAGGGCGCGCAGACGCAGCACUGGACCAGAGGAAUAAGCUUAGAGAACAAUCUUUCGAUAAGCUCAAUGGGUCCACAGUCACCAUUGGAUAUGAAACCAGAUACGGCUAGCCUAAUUAGCUCUGGCAGUUUUAGUCCCACUGGAGGACCUAACAGCCCAGGUUCGUUUACAAUUGGACACAGUAGCCUGUUGAACAACUCGAGCAACCAGGCAAAAGGUUCAUCUUCACAGUAUCCACCAAAUCAUCCACUGAGUGGCUCCAAACACCUUUGUUCUAUUUGUGGAGAUCGAGCAAGCGGAAAGCAUUAUGGUGUUUACAGCUGUGAAGGUUGUAAAGGAUUUUUUAAACGCACAGUGAGAAAAGACUUGUCAUAUGCAUGUCGGGAAGACAAAAACUGCAUAAUAGACAAACGCCAACGUAACAGGUGCCAGUAUUGUAGAUAUCAAAAAUGCCUCGCUAUGGGAAUGAAGAGAGAGGCAGUUCAGGAGGAAAGGCAGCGAACAAAGGAGCGUGAUCAGAAUGAAGUUGAAUCAACAAGCAGCCUGCAUACAGACAUGCCUGUUGAACGCAUUCUCGAAGCUGAAAAACGAGUGGAGUGCAAAGCAGAAAACCAAGUGGAAUAUGAGAGUACAAUGAAUAACAUUUGCCAGGCUGCCAAUAUCUGCCAAGCUACCAACAAGCAACUGUUUCAGCUGGUGGAGUGGGCUAAACACAUCCCGCACUUCACAUCCCUACCUCUGGAGGACCAGGUUCUCCUCCUCAGAGCAGGUUGGAAUGAGCUGCUAAUUGCAGCAUUCUCACAUCGAUCUGUAGAUGUUAAAGAUGGUAUAGUACUUGCCACUGGACUCACAGUGCAUCGAAAUUCUGCCCAUCAAGCGGGAGUGGGCACAAUAUUUGACCGUGUUUUGACAGAAUUGGUGGCAAAGAUGAGAGAAAUGAAAAUGGAUAAAACAGAACUUGGCUGCUUGAGAUCUGUAAUUCUUUUCAAUCCAGAGGUGAGGGGUUUGAAAUCUGCCCAGGAGGUGGAACUACUUCGUGAAAAAGUAUAUGCAGCUUUGGAAGAAUAUACUAGAACAACACACCCUGACGAACCAGGACGAUUUGCGAAACUUCUGCUUCGUCUGCCUUCUUUACGUUCCAUAGGCCUUAAGUGUUUGGAGCAUUUGUUUUUCUUUCGCCUUAUUGGAGAUGUUCCAAUUGAUACGUUCCUGAUGGAGAUGCUUGAAUCGCCUUCGGAUUCAUAAUUCGCUUUCUGUUGAUACAACGAAGAGACUUGUCUGUCCAAACUCAGAUCUUAAAAUAUGCUCAAAUGAAAUUAAAUUGGCAAUGGAUCAUGUUGUGCACUUCAUGCUUUAUCAGUUGGUUUUAUGAGGGAACAGUUUCAAUAGAAAUGCGUUAUUUUUUGAAUGAAGUGUUUUUAUAUUUUUUCCAUUGUAAAGGUGUGCUCAAAAUACUGAGAUAAAUUUAUACAUUUGGUUCCCUUUGUGGGUCUCGCAGUUUUAUCAAGUACAUGUUCAUUUGUCAGUCAUAAAUAAAUGUAGCAGGAUGGUCCAUCAUGUGCUUCAGGUUUCACUUGUAGGUCAAGAAACAGACAUGCUUAAGGCAUUAGGUUGCCACCCUCAAACAGACUAUAUUUCAUCAUCUGACAAAUGCAUUAGAAUGUUUUCUGCAUAUCUGUUCUUGUAUAUUAUAUUCAUUUUAUGUCUUGACUCAGGAUGGGUAUAAUAAACUCACGUGUUUCAUCACACAGGUAACAUUUGACUUUCUUUAUAAUAUUGUCAGUGGCUUUGUUUAUGUAUGCAUUUUAUACAGUUUGUCAUUCUUCGUGCUGUAUUUAUAUUUUGUGGGAAUUAGAAUUGGAGGAGGAAAAGCAAAAAAUGUAUUUUAAUUACUGGAAUUCUCUCUCCUUUUUGUUAUAGUUCAGUAGGUACAGAAUAGUUUGAGAGGUAAACUGAAACGUUACUUGAUUGAAGCUGAGCAUGCCUGCUCAUUGCAAAAGACCAUAUUUGUACACCACUGAAGUUAGUUUUCUGGUUUGGUAUACCAAGAUAUGGGAUGUGCUGAGACAACUUUCCCUAGUUCACAUGUACCGAGCUACAACUCCACAGAGUGGCUCCAUAAACCCAUAAAGCAGUUAAUGGAUUUCAUAAAAGAGGAGAUCGUGCAGAUAACAUUUUGACUUGCCUUAUACAGGGUGUAAAGGGUAUAAGUGCAGAUAUUUCUGUUGGUUAGUGAAGUCAGUGUACUGAACAAUAUCACAUCAGUAUGUUUGUCAUUUGCAGACUAAUAAUUCUAGCUAUGAUAAGACAUAUGUUUUUAGGUUGGUUAGUACCUCCAACUACGUGUGGCAACAGCAAGCCAUUAAUACUCAUUUUCACUGGGCAGCAGGUUAGGUUUUGAAGUGCGGAUGUGUGGACACAAAAUGUUUAGUCUACACUGAUAGGUGUGGUCAACCCAGUGGUGCAGUUACAACUAUGCAAAAAACAUCAGGCAGUAAAUCAUGUUACUUGUUUGUGGGAAGACUGUUUGACAAAGAGAAAAACAACCAACACACUGCUGUAUGUACAUAUUAAGAUACCACAAAUAAAAAUAUCUGCACUUACGCCGGUUACACACUGUGUACACAUGUCUUAGCUUAUCUGCUGAAAGAGUUUUCUCUCAGCAUGCUGAGGGACUUCAGCAGUAGUCACAAGAUAUUCCCAUUGCAGUCAUAUUUAAGAACUGUAGGAAGGGUGUUAUUUGGAUUAUUAUUGCAGUGAUUUUUAAGUGACUGCUAUUUCAGAACUUCUGUAUUGUGUCUUACAAUUAACGCUCUCAAGUAUGUGUUGCUUAUGCUUAAAGAUGAAGCAUGUGGUGUUGUGUUAUGUACUGUUGUCCUCUGUUAAGAUCUACUACAUUAAGAUCAACUUUUGGCAUAUUAGGAAAUUUACUGUCCUACAAUCUGGUAAUUCCAGAGUGCAAACAAGAAACAAUAAUGAGGAAGGGCAACUGAUCCUCUUAUGCAUAGUGAUGUAAUGCACAAACAGAUGUGUAACAACGUACAGAUGUCACUAGCUUUGAAACUAUUGCUUUUUUUCUAGUGUAAGCACUUUUUCUGAAGGUAUGUCCACAGAAUGCCUCUUUCCUGGUGUGCAGUUUUCAUAAAUUUGUAAGGUGCUGCUUCUCUGUUUUCCUACUUUUAUACUUGUCUCUUACUUUACAGUAAUAUGAUUGGAGACUUUUUAUCUAAUACUUGACACUCACGGCAUCUCAUCUCAAAUUUUUAUUGAAACAGUCCUUAGAAGCAGCAUUCCAUAUGACUUAUCUUUGUCUGUAAUAUUUUAUAAAUUUCCCCGUGCUUUCCGUGGAGUCAACAUAACCUCAACACACUACACAAUGAAACCCACAUGGACCAUAGUUGCCUGUCAUUUGCUGAGCAGUGCAAGAGAUUCCCACCAAACCUGGAAAGCAAUGCACUUUCAUGCACAGCCUUCACUUUGAGGAAAUUACACAUGCACAAAAGCACAGGCAUAGUUGUGCUGUUGGAAAUGUAAACUCUUGCACAAACUUGAACAGAAAAAAAGGCAUGUGGACGUACCUUUUCACACGCAACUACAGAAAGUGCCCCCAGAUAGUGGCUGCUGUUGGUGGAUGUAUUUGGUUGUCUAAGUGGUGAUGUAUGUGAGGUGCUGAGUGCACAAUGAAAAACAGCUUAUCUCUGACUUACUGUCCCCCUCCCCAUCACUUAUUGGUUGACUGCAAGUGAGUGGUUGCAUUUUCAAAUUUUUGUUUCUUGUCUUUUGUUGUUCUUGUGCUUGAUAAGACACCUCUCUUUGGUUUGAGAUGAUACUGCUGGAAAGAGAAAAUUGUCUGUUAGCAAUGUUUGAUAGUGUAAUGGAUGUAAGAGAUUUAUCUUUCAUUCAGCUGGAAAAAUGAAGUAGCUAUAGUAAACAAAAGAAUGUAUUUUCCAACAAUAAAAACCUGCGAGAAACAUGGAAAAUUGGAGGGAAAGCUUAUAUCUUCUAUUUAUUAUUAUUGUUUGUUUAUGUAUCAUCCAUUUCAUCUGCUUGUAAGUUAGACUGACCUUUUAUUUUUGAGUGUCAUUUUCAGAAUAAAUGUUCCAUUUAAUGUAAUAAAUUUGUUCUUGAUAACAUACUUGUUUCAACUGGCAUGUAAUACAGUCCAAUAGUCAUUAAGGUUGUCGUUGAUAUUAAAGCACACCCUUCAAAUUUAAUGGAUGUUUCUGAUCACACGUCAUCUACAUAAUUCAAUGAAUAUUUUGUACAUUUGUUCAAAUAGUAGUUCUACAUUCCACUGGAAAAUUUGUCAUUCUUGCCAUUAAGGACAAAUAUUUGUAGUCUAGGAUCAAUUCUGAUAUGUCAGGUGUGUGUUACUUUGUAGGAAAUUGCUUUGAAAUAACUAGUGUAUGUGUUUAAAUACAUCUGUAAAAGAUAGGUUUCACUCCUAUUUUGUCUGAAUAAUUCUGUUUCAUUAAGCUACACCUUAUGUAAUGGUACAUCAUGUUCAUUUAGUCAUUUAGGAAGAAAUACUUGUAGAACUUUAUGCAGAAUUGUGGCUGUUACAAAAAUCCUCUUGUGGUACUAUUUCAUGUAAACAUUCAUUUGCCAAAUGUUCACCUAAAAUUACUUCAUGAAUGUUAUAAAACAAUUAUAUUCUGAUCUUAAUACAUAAUAGAUUGUUGAGAUAUUGGCAAGCAUUUAAGGGUAGGACUUACGCAGAGCAGUAUAACAAAAGUAAAAUAUUUAUAGAUUAGAUAAUAUUCAGUCUUUCAGGUAAAAUUCUCCAGAGGACAGAAAAUUUCAAAUUGUAUCAGAAGUCAUCAGAAAUCAUACUCCAGGUGUAUAAUGAGGUUGAUGGAGAAAGUGCAUUCACUUUCAAGUACAGCACUGGCAUGUAGUAUCUAUUCAGUAUGUACUUUAAGAGAGCCCUGCAUUAUUAUAAAGAAGGCACUGAGUUUAUAAUAUCCUAGAGUAAUGAAAGCUCUGAUGGCCUUUGCAGAAAGGCAUGGAAAAUUUAAUAAUUUGUGCAUUUUGUUUUGCAUCCUUUGAUACUUGUAACGUGUUGCCAUUAAAAGUAUUUGUGGUGUCAGAAUUGCUGUGGACAAUGAGAACUGACAUGAUCAUGCCAUAAAAAACUCAUCACGAAGUUUAAAUAUUGUACUCAUUCUGGAAACCUUAAAAUAUUGCAAAUAGAUACUGAGGCAAGUAAGAGAUACUGAAACGAUAAAGGCUUUAAUUACAGUUCAAAUUCCAUGAUUUAUCAGCUUGAUUUUGGUAGGACUUCUAGCCCAUGAAAUAAAUCAGUGGCUCACUUGUAGGGAUAUACAGUCUGUUGUUUUGAAGCGCAAUUCUUUUAUACUGUUGUAAUUGGGUUUUUGAAAAGGAAAUGCCUGUUUUGGAAUGGAGAGAGAUACUUAUAGUCUGAGAAUUUCCUGUAGGCUUAAAAUCACAGACUUGAUCAAAUGAAUAUAUUGCAUAAGACUUGUUUAAUAUAUCUGUUCAUGUUAUGUAAAAAGAAGUUUAUCAUUCUUAGUUCAUUACACAUGAUGCAUUUCAGUGCUGUGCUGUUUAUAUAGUUUUGUGGAUGUUUUUCCACUGUCUUCCUGUUUUGUACAAUAUGUAUUAAAAUACUGUUGUGUAUUUUCUGGACUUAAUAAUACGUUAAUGCUGAGAAAGAUAUAAGAAUCACUUUGUAAAAACCUUUGAAGAACUACAAAAUGCUAUUGAUGUUACUUGGAUUUACAAGUUUUACUGUUAACUUUGAUCAAAUACAUUAAUCUGUUAUUCUGUGCAAGAAUAAAAUGUUUAGCUAUUAA